CGCACCGAGUUAUUUCUCCGUAUCUCUUCUUCGUAAUCUCUCACGGAAGACUUUUCUUAUUCAUUUCACUACUGUCUUUGUUUUUUUGGUCUCGUGUCCUCUCUCUUCCGUUCCAUUCCCUCUCUCUUUCUUCUCUGUGAAGAUGAGAUUUUGCUAGCAGCAGCUGAAGAAGAAGACAACGCCUUCGCAUGGCGAGUCAACUCGGAGCUAUCUCAACUCUGGGUCUCGCUCUUUGCCUUUAAGCUGAUCGUCAAGAUCGCCGCUCUCUAUCUCUGCCAGGUUUCUUCAGUUGUCUUUCUACCCCCUCUUUUCCAUUGGUAUGUCGUCAAUCAUUCUAACUGACAAUUUCGGAGAGUUCCCAAUCUUUUGGCAUCCAUUUUUAUGGCAGAAACGUGUCAAUUUCGAUGUUACCGUCUUGGUUUGCCGAAAGCUAGGGUUUUCCUUGAACAUAAUUUUUGGGGAUUUUCUCCCCCAAAAUUGAGCUCUUUGUGGCUUCAAUUGAAUCGACUGGCUGUUCCUACUUAGGGGUUUUCUGAUUCUUUAUGGGUCGGUGUAUAUUCGGAUACGAGUUGGUGCAAUUCUGUGGUGGAGUUGGUAAUUUGUGAAUCGUGCAUCGUCAUUGAUUUGGUUAGCUUAAUAAUGUAGGGAGUUUUGAUCUUGACAGCAUUUUGUUUUACCUCGUAUAAAUCCAGGCUUCUGCACCGUAGAUUACUUCACUUUGGUAUGGAGAACGAGUCACCUGAUGCUAUGAAUCUCGACUUGAAUCUCGGUCCUGGCCCUGACGCAGAGUCAGGAGAAGCUAUAGGUAGUGAAGGUGUGAAUUUGGACGAUUGGGUUAAUGAUAACCCAAUCGAAAGAAUAAGGCAAGCUGUCAGAGUUCGAGCAAGGCAACGCUGGAGAUGGCGACAAGUCCAAUUCCCCCGCGAAAGGCAAUCACUUUCGGUGGAAUUGAAUCAACUGAUAGGUGAUUCUGCAGCUUUGAGCGGCUUGCAAGCUGGUGAAGGUAGUGUAGCAGCUGAAGAACGGUCCAAUGAAGACCUCAAAAUGUGUGAAAAUUCCAACUUGUUUCUGGAAGACCAGCUGACUGAAAAUAAGGCUAACGUCGAGAAGGGAAGUGGCACUGAUGGGAGCUUUUUCGACUGCAAUAUUUGCUUCGAUCUGGCUUCAGAUCCGGUUGUUACAUGUUGUGGCCACCUCUUCUGUUGGGCAUGCCUUUAUAGAUGGUUAAAUGUCCAUUCAGACGCAAAAGAAUGCCCUGUAUGCAAGGGGGAGGUCACCAUCAAGAAUGUGACCCCAAUAUAUGGUCGUGGUAAUAAUAGCUCUCGUCCAUCCGAAGAUGACUCCAGCGUUGAGAUCCCAAGCAGGCCACAGGCGAGGCGAGUCGAGAGCCUGAGGCAGACCAUUCAGAGAAAUCACUUUCACUUUCCAAUGGAAGAGGUGAUUCGGCGCCUUGGCAGUAGACUUGAGAUGGUGGGAGAGUUGACUCCAUCUCAUGAUCCUAGUGGGGCCCGUGACAUAACAGAUAGGAAUUCCCUUAUUAAUAGGUUGAUGACAUUCAGGGGAACGCGUGCAGAGCAAAGUUCAAUUCCAAAUCCUAGUGAGGUAGUGGAUUUGACGCACAGUGGAACAAGUAGUCCCGAGGGAGGAGUUAGAAGCCGACGACUUCACUCUCUGUUUCUUCGGAGGUCCCAAUCACAUGCCCAAAGAGCUUCAGCCCACAGUUCACUAUCGGCUGCUUUUAAUACUACUAGUGAAAGAAUGGUCGAGUUUCUAAGAAACAAUCCUAUAAUGAGGAAUCAGGAACAAGCUGUUGAUGACAGAGAUUCUUUUUCGAGCAUUGCUGCAGUUAUAAACUCAGAAAGUCAAAUGGAUACUGCUGCUGAAAUUGAUUCCAUGGUCUCUCUUUCUACAUCUUCUUCUAGAAGAAGGAAUGAUAGUUCGAGAGCCUCGGAUGUUGACAGUGGGGAUUCUCGUGCGCCUAGGAGGAGGAGGUUAAACUAGGAAAGUAUCCAUCUCUAAUUAUUUAUGGUUUGUUGAAUAUUGGCGACUCCUAAAAUCCUAUGUCCAUGUAAGUUCUACCCCGGCUUUGUUAUCGUCUGCUCUCAAUUUGUGUUGGCGUUUUUCCGAUCGUCAAUGACUCUUGAAGCUGAUAAAUUUGAUUUUUCAAAUGUUUCGUAGCUGCUUCUGUGUUUGAGAUAUAUGUGCACUCUCACUUAGGGAGCUUCUGUGUUGUUCCUCUGGAAAAUCAGUUUAUAGGGAAGAAGUAGACCUUUUUUGUUUCCAUUGUACAUAAGACCUCUGAUCUACAUGUUGUGGGGCUACUGAUUAAUUGUUGCAUCCAAUUUUUCACUAUUCAUUGCAUGUUUCAUUGAAGUUUAUUUAUGACAGGUUGUGAAGGAAUGCCAUGUAUUAUUUCUCUGUCUUGUAUUCUUCUGGCAGAACCUUCUAACAAAAUAUCACCUUGCCUCUUAAGUCUUAACAAUGUGUUUGAAUAUUUUAAGUUAGGUACUUUUCCAGUGAUUAUUUUGGUUGUUCCGCUCUUUCUAGCAGCUACUUGUCAUCAAUAGCAGAUUGUUUAUGCUGCACAAUGUGAUCUUUACCGAACAGGGUAAAUAUCAUAACAUGUACAUUCUAAACUGCGGAUGUUUCAGUGUACCCUUAGAAGAAAGCCAUAAAUGCUGAUGAUGAGACAACGGUGUAUCCGAUUUCCUGACCCUUGUUCUCAAGUUGAGUGUAUAGUUACCAACGAAGCAGCUUCUAAGAAUUUAUUUGAGAAUUCUGAUCUUCAAUUUGAUUUAGUGUUCCAAAUGUGCUUAUUAACUGAUGCAGAUCAUGAAGCUAACCAGGUUGAUAGCUAUUUAGGUUAGUCUGGAAUGCUAUUGAUUCCCUGGAGAAGGUUACUAGGAAUUGGUGCCCGAUUAGUUUCUGGGUUUCUAGGGAAGUUGCUGUUGCUUGCAGCCUUCUACUAUGGAGGUACUGUCACAGUUAAUUAUCACUAUGGCAGUUUGAUCAUGCAACUAAUCAUCAUUGGUCGGAGCUGGAUGACAUUAUGAAAGCAGAACGUUCUCUUUUUUUUCCCGUGUUUUUUAAUUUCCUAGGUGACAAGCAAAUUCUUGAAGACUACUUUUUCUUCAUGUUACGAUCCUGAGUUCAUUGGCUUCACUUUUUCGUAGAAGAUUGAAUAUCUAUUCAUCAAUGCAGUUCAUAGGUCAAGUUAUGUUAGGCUGUUUAAGUGUUAUUAGGGUGGCAUCCGUGAUUGCUUAGGUUCUUUGUUACCUGUGGCGCUGUUCGACUUUGUU